AUGGAUAGCGAUGAGUAUAAAAAAGAAGUUGAAGCAAAUGUAAAGGCAGAAAAACUUUUACAGUUGCAAAACCAAACCGUACAGUAUGAAAACUUAGCACAAGAAAGUAAAAAUAACGACGCAGCCAUGCAAAAGGCAAUGAAAAGCGCAGAAUAUAUAAAAGCUAACAAUGACUGGUUAGAUGCCCAAGCCAACGCUAAAGCAGCCCAGCUUAUAGGGUCAAUAAGGACAAAAAUACAAGCGGAUGAAGACAGUUCAAAUGAAGCUUUAACAAAUGCUGACUUUAAGAACGCCUUCGAAGCUCUUCAUAGUAAGGUGAAACAAGUGAACGACUUCUCAUCUGGAAAGAAACUGAAGUCUGAAGGUUUCGACAAAGAGUUAAAAGAAGUAGCACAAAAUAUGACGAAAAUAACAGAUGCAGCAACGAGACAGGCAGUUCAAAGUGCCUAUGACGCCGUUAAAGCAACUGUUGUGGAAAGUCAAGAAAAAGAGUUACAACAGACCAAAACAGACCUAGUAAAUGCUUUCUUAAAAACGAAAAGUCAGGUAGGACACUAUGCUGCAGAUGGAACAUAUGUGCCAGCUGGUGGAACUUAUAUACCAGCUGGUGGAACUUAUAUACUAGCUAGUGGAACUUAUAUACCACCAAACCCUCCAAGAGAAGCACCUGCACCAGGACUACCUAGAACAUUUACAUCGUCACAUGGACACAGAC